AUGGGCAAGGCGUCUGCUUCGUCUCCGACCACCGCGAGCGUAGUAUCAGCUACUUGGGCACAGGCGGCCACUUCGGCUUUCCAAAAACUCGACAAACAUAAGCUGCGAGGUUUAGUGGUCAGAAAUACUUUCAACUCCUACAAUGAUGCUCAGAGAUUCCUCGAAUCGUUCCAAGCGCGGCAGGGGGCCAGGAAAAGCACUCGGCGACUGCAUAAACUCCGACCUCUAUUCCAGCAUCUUCGCACUUUCAGUAUCGCAAUAGGGAUCUUUUGUCAAACCAACCCGGAAAUCUCAUGUCUCGUUUGGGGAACACUGACCGUGGUCCUGGAUGCUGCUUCGGCAUUUUCGCACACUUUGGACCGAAUUCUGGAUAUGUAUGAUCAAUUGCACAGGGCAAUGCCUCGCUUUGAAGAGUACAUGGAGCUUUUUCCUCGACGAACUCGUCUCCAACAAGCCUUGCAUACAAUAUACCUCGCUUAUUUAGACUUUGCAAUCUCUGCGGUCAUUUUCUUUAAGCAUAGUGUCUUCUAUCACAUGGUAUUGAGUUUCAUCAAGUUUGGUUCACUGAAAGCCAAGUUCGACUCGGUCCUAGGCAAGAUACAGUCGGCGACCAAGGACUUCGAGGACGAGGCAACCCUGGCAUAUGCGCUCUCGACUACCGCCGCGCUGCGAGAACUGCAUCAUAUGCUGCCUGAGAUGAAAAUAACUCCGAGACAAUCCGACGGUGCUUUCUCCGUCCCUUGGUCGCGUAAUCCACGUUUCUUUGAGGCUGCGAAUGAAAUCAGCCAGCUUUAUGCGUUUGUCUGCCCAAGUGCGGAAGAACAGAGGUCAUGUGCCAUCCAUGGGAUGCCUGGCGUCGGCAAGACUCAGACAGCACUUGAGGCUGCAUUUCGCUAUAAAGAAAAAUUUCAGUUCAUCUUCUGGGUGCCAGCGCAAAGUGAGACUGGCCUAGCGGAAGCAUUCUCGGGUAUUUCAAGAAGUGUCGGCACCCCAUCCGCCACCCAGAGGUCCGCUGACCUCUCGCUGCUUGUUGAGGAGGCUCGCUCGUGGCUCUGCCAGAAAACUUUGGAUGAUCUCAGGGAGUCGUGGACAAACAGCAACAACAUCAUCGAGAAUAUUAGCCCCGAAUCAGCCACAUUCCAAUACCAGCGACCGAUCCACACUGCUUUCAACAUGUCUCUGAGCAGACUGAACCCUGCUGCUAGGAAUGUUCUCCGUAUUAUGAGCAUGCUGUCGCCGGUCGGAAUCUUAGAGGAGAUUGUAUGCUCGGAUCUAGAAGAACAUUCACUAAGCUUCCUGGGAUACCAGAACAAGCCAAGAUUUCGUCGCGAGAUCAGAAGUCAACUUGUAGCUCGUCAUCUGAUUGAGAUCCACGAGUCUGAUCCCGGGCCUACAUUGUACCGACUUCAUCGACAGAUCCAGUGGAAGAUGCUCAUGGAUCUCAAAGAAGACAUUACAGCGCAGCAAAAGGUAUUCCAUCAAGCCGUCGCUCUCAUAGUAAAGGUGUUUCCUCCAUUAUCCGAGUAUAUGACGCCCAUGACUCGAGAAUGGGGGUCUUACAGCAAGGCCAUUGGCCAUGUCAUCCAGCUGCACAAGGUUUACGUCUCGUCCACCCAGGCAGAAAAUCCAAUUCGAGCCGAUAUUUCUUUCGCCACAUUACUUGCGAGUGCCGGGAACUACCUAUAUGAGAUCAACAUUGCUGAAUCAGCCAUCGCCCUGCUGGCAACGUCGGCAGACAUCUGCCAUAAACUUCGCGCUGGCAACUUAGAGUCCCCUAGUAACACCCUGCAAGUUUCCAAGCCACCUAUCAACGAGAUUCUGAAGCUUGAAGCCACUGCUAUGACAAUACAGUGGGGACUGUUGUCGAGGAAUGCUGGUCUGAGUGGCGCUCAGACGGCAAUGGCCUAUAUUAGCACAGUGCUGCAGCUUCGGGAGGAGCAUUCUUGGAUGAAUUUGACCGCCGAGGAGCGAUUUUGGAGCGAUCUUCUUCUUUCUAAUGCCUACAACGAUGUUGCCUGCCAGAUGAUAAAUAUGCACCGCUAUGCUGAAGCGGAAGACUUGCUCAGACGUUCAUUGAGUCUCAAAGAUACGCUCUCAAAAGCGCAGCAUGUCCCCCCAUUCGAAUUUGCCGAAUCGCGGAACAACCUAGCCUGGACUCAUCUUGGACAAGGCCGAAUCAAAGAGGCACUGCAACAAAGCUCGCAAGCAGUACAGCUGAUCGAUACCGCAGACGGCGAUGCGAACGACCACACACGAUUCACAUUCUGCUUCGGGGCAUGUGUUUUCUGGGCUGGGCAGCUUGAAGAAGCACUAGAGGUUUUUGGAAACGUUUAUCGCUGCCGAGUCAACACUCUUAGCAAAUCAGCAUGGGUCUCUCGUGACGCAGCCAAAAGAGGCUGUUGA